GUUAGAUUACAUCUCUCUCCAACUUCUUACGUUCCUGCAAAUGGCGUCGAUCUCCGGUGCUCCGCCGUCUAGCAUCGCCUCCAAUCGUCGCCGCACGCGCCUCCCCCAUGCUCCCCUCCUCCUUCCCUCAUCCCUUCGCUUGGCCCCUCAUCGUCCCUUUCGUCGCCUCUCCAUCUCGGCACGCUUCCACUCAUCCAAAGCCUCCUCUGGCCCCAAUGGCUCCCACGAGGACCACUCCUCAUCAGGCGAAGAAGAGGAGCUCCAUCACGCCCUCCCCCCGCCCCAUACCUCGGGCAAGGCCGCUCCGGUGUUCGUCACCCUGCCUAUCGACGCCGUUACUCUUGCUGGACAGAUGACCCGCCGCAAGGCUAUAGGGGCUUCCUUGAUGGCCUUGGCUAAUGCUGGUGUGGAGGGCAUCACGGUGGAGUUCUGGUGGGGAAUCGUCGAGAGGGACGGCCCUGGGGUAUACGAUUGGAGUGCGUACUUGGAUCUGGUUACCCUUGCGGAGAGCCGGCGCCUCAAGGUGCGGGCGAUCAUGGCUUUCCACCAGUGCGGCACUGGCCCCGGGCCUGGCCAUCCUUGCUGGAUACCUCUUCCACAAUGGGUCUGUGAAGAAAUGGACAAAGAACCAGAUUUGGCAUAUUCCGACAAGUAUGGGAGAAGGAACAAAGAAUACAUUUCAUUGGGUUGUGACAUGCUUCCUUUUCUUAGGGGCCGGACACCAAUUCAAGCAUAUUCAGAUUUUAUGAGAAGCUUCCGAGACACUUUCCGAGACUUUCUUGGAGUUAUAAUAACAGAAAUUCAAGUGGGAAUGGGUCCGGCUGGUGAACUUCGGUAUCCUUCUUGCCCCACUGAGAAACUGAUUAGACCAGGCAAUGAACCUGAACUUGGAGAGUUCCAGUCUUACGAUAAGUUUAUGCAGGCAUCAUUAAAUGCAUCUGCUCGCAAGCUCGGGGUUCAUCAGUGGGGACAUGGCGGUCCACUUGGCACCACUGACGUGAUGCACAAUCCAGAACGCACUAGUUUCUUUAAGAGCGACGGCUCUUGGAAUUCAGCCUAUGGCCAAUUUUUUCUUGAGUGGUACUCUGGAAUGCUGCUUCGUCAUGGAGAGAGACUGUGUUUGACUGCAAAUGCUGUAUUCUGGGGAACUGGGGUUAAAAUUUCAGCAAAAGUUGCUGCAAUACACUGGCACUAUGGCACAUGCUCACAUCCAUCUGAAUUGACUGCAGGCUACUACAAUACACUCACCAGAGAUGGUUAUCUCCCCAUAGCUCAGUUGUUCAGUAGGUACAGUAUGGCUUUGUGCUGUACAUGCUUUGAUGUACGUGAUAAAGAAAUUCAGAGCGAAUCAAAGAGCAGUCCAGAGGGAUGCCUUAGGCAACUUGUACAUGCUGCGAGAAUGUAUAAUCUGUCACUCUGUGGCGAGAACUCUGUUACUAGAUUGGAUGAUGAAUCACUUAAACAAGUCAUAAAGAGUUGCAGGCUUUACUCAACUGGUUCUAAUAAGUCGUCCUUGUCAUUCAACUAUGUUCGAAUGAACAGAGACCUAUUUGACCCUUAUAACUGGAAUCGCUUCACCCGAUUUGUUAAGCAGAUGUCAGAUGCUAGGACUUUUCAGGCAGCAGCUAUGCUGGGACUAUCAUAUAGACCAAAUGGAAGGUAUCUCUCUUCACUAGCAGCUGAUGAAGUUGGACGAGUAGUUACAUGUCUCUAGGAUAGCCCUUUCUAUUUGUUUGUUGGCAACUAUGCUCUAUAUUUUUCUUUUUUCCUCUUUCAAGAAGCCAAUUGGAAUAUUGCUCAGAAAAUUACUAAGAUUCAUGACGCAUUUUACAGUCGCCAAAAGAAAGAAUCUGUUAAGCCUUCCUGCAUAGGAGGAAUUGUCUAGUGUAGAUACAUACUGAUUCUUUCUGCAGGAAGAGUUGUAUCUUUCACACUGCUUGUACAGGAGUGUGAUGUUAAGAAUUGAUGAAUAAGAAACCAUUGUCUGGAUUUUUUGCUCA